AUGCGGCGCAUUCACAAAUCUGAGACCCACGGCGACUGCAACUUUGGCAAUAGCUGUCGCUUGAACCGACGGCGGUACUACCACUGGGGUCAGCGCAAGCCACACCGCAAGGUUCUCUACGGACGCAGCGACUAUGACGACGAGCUGGCCGGCGAGGCCGAUGCCAUGGACGCCUUGGACGCUACUGUCGACUCGGAGGACGAGUAUGAUUGCGACGAAGUUGACGAUGCUGGCAUGGAUGACGCCGACUACGACUUUUGUGUGGAUGCUGUACCGGCAAUGGCUUUAGCACCAGACGCACGAUGCACCAUUAGUUGA